AUGGCUUCCACACAAACAGUUUUUCGUCUAAACAGCAGAAAGAACAUUGUCGAUCUUACCAAGGUUGAGGAGGAGAUUCCAAAGGCUGCAGCACAUGAGGUCCUUAUCAAGAUUCACAGUGUUGCGCUAAAUUAUAGGGAUAUAGCCAUUGCUACCUCAAAUUAUCCGUUCCCCGUUAAAGGCAAUGUAAUCCCUGUUUCGGAUGCUGCUGGGGAAAUUGUUGAAAUCGGACCCAAUGUCCAAGGGUUUACUAUAGGUGACUUGGUUAUUGCAAAUUUUAACCCGGUCCAUUUAUACGGGCCGAUGAAGGACUGGAAUGGUGGUUUAGGAGGCCCUGUGGACGGUGUUCUUCGGAAUUACCUUACCAUCAAUGCCAACUCUAUAAUAAAAGUCCCUAAAGCGUCUUCCUUAAAGGCUUCCCAGUGGGCUGCACUUGUCUGCACUGGCACAACUGCUUGGAAUUCUCUUUAUGGAAAUGUUCCUUUGAAGCUAGGAACCUCGUCCAGUGACGAAAAGUUGGCCUAUGUAAAGGAAAAAUUCGGCGCCGACUACACUAUCAACUACAAAACUUAUCCCGAAUGGGCUAAAGAAGUGCAGAGAAUUACCCAAGGAAACGGGGUUGAUCACAUUUUCGAAAACGGCGGGUCCGGGACAAUUAAACAAAGUAUUGAAUCUGUUGCAUUUGGUGGCGUGAUAUCUGUCAUAGGUUUCUUAUCCCCCGCUAAGCAGGAAGAAAUGCCGGAUGUAGCUGGUCUUGCACUUUCCAAAGGAUGCGUCGUUCGGGGAAUCAAUGUCGGGUCAAAGCAGUUGCUUGAGGAAUGCGUACGUUUUGUUGGGUCUCACAACUUAGAUAUUCCAGUGGAAAAGGCGUUCCCAUUUACAGAGGAAGGUGUGAAGGCUGCCUAUAAGUAUUUAUCCGAAGGUCAGCAUAUUGGGAAGAUUUGCAUCGACCCAGAAUAAGGGAACCAGUCUGAACUUGAGACGCCGCCAAAACCUACUUAAAUGGGCAAGACUUGUAGAUUAGAUUAUGUUAGGUACUGACUAGAGUU